UCCCAUGUUAAACAAGACACGUUCAUUUUUCAUAAACCAUACAAAACUCACACUCUGUGUCCUCAUGCAUUACCACAUAUAUGACACACCACCCACCACCACCCUCCAUAUUGACCCCUUCCCAUAUAUAUCUAACCCUCUUCUCUUCUCUUCUUCUCCAUAUAACAAGUCACGAAAGAUCGUACACUCAGAUUCAUCUGCAUUUUCUCCAUGAGAAACCACCAAGAACACCAACAGGAUCAAGAAGUACUCAUGGUUUCAAUGGAAUAUUCCCAGGAAAACCCUAAUCUUGAAACCACCCACAACCACCGCCACCACCAUGUUAUCGCUCCAGUAGAUUCCCAAAAAAAGUCUCAUCUUGAAACCACCCACAACCACCACCAUGUCAGGGACGUUCCAAUGGAUUCCCAGAAAAACCCUAAUCUGGAAAGCACCCGCCACCAUAGCCCACCAUCACCAUCGUCUUCUUCACAAGAUUUCAAGAGAACCCAUCAUCAGCUUAUUAUGAGUCAUGUUGUAAAGAAGACUGAUCAUGUAGAUCAAGGGUGCAUGGUCAGCAAGAAUGCUCCUCAAGGCAUCACAAAACCUUAUGUUUCUUGUUCUUCGUUGGCGGCCGGAGGAGACAUGACUACACCUGCACCACCACCACCACCACAACCACAAGAGAGGUUGGCCGUGGUGGAGGAGAGUGGAAGAGAGAAGCUAAAGAGGCACCGGCUUGAGAUGGCGGGUCGGGUUUGGAUCCCAGACAUAUGGGGACACGAAGAUCUGCUCAAAGACUGGAUAGAUUGCACUGUGUUUGAUUCUUCUUUGGGGAACAACAACAUAAUGUCGGCACGAGCAGCUUUGGUUAAGGAGAGAAGAUCAACCUUAAGAAUAGAUAACCGAUGCUGAUCGAUUAAUUACCAAAUUAUUUUUUUCAAGUAUUUUUCCUGAUUUUAUAUAUACAAGAUUAAUCUAGGUUUUUAAUUUAGUUAUAUAUAUAUAAGUUGGGUUUAUUUACAUGGUCGAACCAGCUUCUUCGGUAUGAUCUUGUGAUUCCCGAGUUUCAUUCCUCCAUAUCCUUGUGUAUUAAUUCUUUAAUCUUUAGUGAAUUAUGGAAGGUACGUACGUCAUUGGAUGAAUGAUAAGACAUUCGACCCUUCACUUCAAUUGUAAUUUUUUGAGUUCUUUUUUAUGAAAUAAUUACACAGUAUUUAUGUA